GCAUGUUAUAAUAAAGUGGUUCUAAAUACCAAUAACUCCUUUCAGCUUCUCAUUCUUCUCCUUAUCGCCUUAUCAUUCUUGCUUCUUAAUUGUUUGUCACCUCACUCUUCCUUCUCUCCUUCUUCCUCUUCCUUCUUCCUCUUCUUGAGAUGCUUUCAAGAACUAGAAGCAUCUUUCACAUUGAAGAAGGGGAAGGGGAUUAUGAUUUCAGUAAUGGAGAUUUUGCAGUAGACACAGAUGGACUUGUUGGGCUUCAGAUCCUUAUAAAACAUGGUGGAAUUGAUUCCAAAGUCUUGAUCAAGUCACCAAUGAAGAAGAAUAAACCAGAACUUAAGCAUUUAUCUGCUGAGUUUCUUGAGUCCUGCUACUCAUGCAGUAAUGAGCUGAGCCUUCAAAAGGAGGUUGACAUGUAUAGGGGUGAUCAAGGAUUUUGUAGUGUGGAGUGUCGGUAUAAGCAAAUUUUGCAAGAUGAGAGAGAAGAAGCUGGUUCAACGAGAAGGCUCAGAUUCAUGAGGGUGCCUAAUCAUCAACCAAACAGAUCCAAAAUUCAAGUAUCUAACAACGAGAGAUAUAAGAUCACUGUUGCUGCGUGAAUAAGCUUAAUACUUUGGUUUUUUUCCUUUUAACCUUUUGUGCGAGGCUUGCAGUAAUAUAAUACAGCCUAAGCUUUAACUGAAGAAUGGUAGUAUGAAGGCUUAAAAUUACAUGGAUAUAUUCCUUUUUUUUUUCUUAUUUAAAUUUUUAUAAUAAAAUAGGAGACUUUAUAAACUAGUCAAUUGACCCAAAUCAAUUGCCUUUCACUAAAGCUCAAAAAGGAUUUGUAACUUUGUGUGAAGAGUUGUUCUUCUUCCCCCCCACACACACAUAUAUAUAUGAUGAACCUACAUGUGUACCUCUAAUUUUGUUUGAUGGUUUGUAAUAUAUGUGCCACAACGAAUCAUUAUUGACCAUCUUUGAUGGAUUUGGUUUCUUUGUUCUUCGGAAGAAGAAAGUUUUGAAUUA